CUCGCUCCUUUCCUCGCGAGAAACGAGUAGCUCAUGCUCGCUGCAGGGGUCGGAGGUCAGGGCGAGCGUCUCCCGGGCCGAAGGAGGAAGAUGGCGGUGGAAUCGCGCGUUACCCAGGAGGAGAUUAAGAAGGAGCCCGAGAAGCCGAUCGACCGCGAGAAGACCUGCCCGCUCCUGCUGCGGGUCUUCACCACCAACAACGGCCGCCACCACCGCAUGGACGAGUUCUCCCGCGGGAACGUGCCCUCGAGCGAGCUGCAGAUCUACACCUGGAUGGAUGCAACCCUGAAAGAACUGACUAGUUUAGUAAAGGAAGUCUACCCAGAAGCCAGAAAGAAGGGCACACACUUCAAUUUUGCAAUUGUUUUUAUGGAUCUUAAAAGACCUGGAUAUCGAGUUAAGGAGAUUGGCAGCACCAUGUCUGGCAGGAAGGGCACUGAUGACUCCAUGACCCUGCAGUCACAGAAGUUCCAAAUAGGGGAUUAUCUGGACAUAGCCAUCACUCCUCCAAAUCGGGCCCCUCCUUCAGGACGGAUGAGACCGUACUAAAUUCUAUUGACUUUCUUGAAGUUAUUUUUCAGCCAGUUUGUAAAAUAAACUUACUUAAUCUUUUCCUCCCUUGAACCUUGCCAUUAAGCCUUUAAAUUUUAAGCAAAUUGUAACACAUUUAUUUAGGAAUUAGAGUUGGAUGUACUUUGGUAUAUUAAAGAAAAUGUAUGUCUUAAACCCUUCUGUAAAAUACAAAGAAAAGUGCUCUUAGCAUUCUGUGUAAAACUAUUGCGAAAUACAUGUGUGCAAUUAGCCCAUUUGUGAAAGUUAGUGGUGACGUGGGAGCAAUCUCAACUCAUGGAUUUUUAUUAUGCGGCAGAGGGCAUUUUAAGCCCUAAAGAGGCAGAACAAGAAAGCCAUGGAGUUUGUAUAAAAUGGUGCAGUAUGUUUGUGACCUUAGACUAGAGGCCUAAGACGAAUUGAAGAAGCUAUCUUGUGUUGGAAAAGUUUGUCUCACAUAGGUGAUGAGAGCUGGAGAGAUGACUUUGGUUAAGAAAACUUGUUGCUCUUGCAGAGGACCCAGGUCCUAUUCCCAGCAUCUCCGUGAUGGCUCACAUUCUAACUCCAGUCCUAGAGGAUGAGAGCCCUUCUCUUGACCUCAGCAUCAAGCAUGCAUGUAGUGGAGAGAGGAAAUGACUCGGUCUAGGCUACAGUGAGCUACCUUCAAGAGCUGAGAGUGGAGGGAGAAAGGAAGCAGGUCCUGUGAAGUGCGGGAGAACUGCGAAACCUAGUGCCUGCAGGGCAGCUGAGAUGGCUGAGCAGGUGAGUCAUGGACUAGGUGGCAUUUGUUGCAGUACCAGGUGUGUCGAUGUGCGUGCUGGCACGCGUGUAAAGGGCAAGUGAGGAGGGAGAGCUAGUUACUCACUGACACAGAGCUGGGCUUGUCCUACUGCUUAGCUGUGCCAGGUACCGUCUCAAAACCUCCACAGCUGAGGUGCAGUGAUUGACUCCUGUCCACGGGUAAGGCUGUGCCUGCUUGAGUUCAAGGCAGGCAUUUGGAAUAUCUGACCCUGCUUUAUUGAAUUCAUACACAAUUAGAAACUCCAAUCUUAAAAGUUUAUGGUAGUUUCCACUUUCAAGGUGGUUAAGAGAGCAGAAUGACUGCCUGUUGGGUUUGUUGUCAUAAACACCUCCCGAUGGCUAUGAUUUCAUAGGGUUGGCAAUGAAAUAAACUUCUCAAAGUAUUUAUUGCAUUGGGAUUAAUGUUGUCCAGGUAACCAUUCUCUGAAGACUAAAAAUCCCAGAUUUUUUUCCCCCCAAAUAAGGAAAUUCCUAGGGGCACUAAGCUAAAACCUAAGAUCAAAAUAAAAUGACAUUUAUCUGGAGGAAGGGGAGCGUGAACUAGGACAACGUUGGGAGCUGGUUCUCUGCUUCCACCGUUGAGUCCCGAGGUUGUCACUCAGGGCAGCAGGCAACUUUACCCACCGAGCCACCUCACUAGCCCCAAGUGCAUCUUAACAAUUUCGUUAUUUUAUGUAUAUGGGUGUUUGCCUACAAAUAUGUGCACCACAUGUAUGAAUGAUCCUUUCAGAGGUCAGGGGGUUGUGUCAAUUGUGGACAACUGGUUGUGAGUCUGCAUGUGGAUGCCAGGAACUAAGAGGAGUUCUCUGUAAAAGCAACAAGUUCUCUCUCUGACCCUUGGUUUUGAGACGGGGUCUCACUGUGUGGACCAGACUGGCCUAGAAUUUGGAGAAAUGACCUGCCUCUGCUUUCUACACCGGGUCAAAGGCAUGUGGGACCACACCUAGUACAAAGAGCAUUUUUAAUACCAAACAUUUCAGUCACUUUAGCAGUUCACCUGGAAAGGUCCUGUGGUGAUACUUUUUGGUUUCUCAUGGAUCCACCUGCCUCUGCCUCCCGAGUGCUGUAAUUAAAGGGGUGUGCCACUAUCCAGCAUGCGCAACCCAGAGCUUGGCACACAGCUGUUGAUUGUUUCCAAAGAGGGAAGGACCGCCUGUCCUUCUGCUCUGCACUGUAGGUUGCUGAGAUGUCCUAACCCUGUUCAGCAGCUUUUCACCACUUCCAAGGAAACUUCAUGUACAGCAACUAAAUUAAAUAAAAGCCGUUUUUAAGA